AUGACCCUCAAGGGUGCCACCACCAGCCAAGCUUGUGCCGCCUGCAAAUACCAGCGUAAGCGAUGCACCCCUGAGUGCGCCCUUGCCCCACACUUCCGGCCUGAACACCCCACCGUUUUCAGGAACGUACACAAGUUGUUUGGCGUGAGGAAAAUCUUAAGAAUACUUGAAGAGAUCGAUCACUACCAGCAGCCAGAGGCCAUGCGGUCCAUAAUCUACGAGGCUAACAUGCGAGACCAGUUCCCUGUUCAUGGGUGUUUGGGUGUAAUAUGUGAGCUUUGGUGCCAAAUAAGGCAGGCUGAAGAUGAGCUACGUAGCGUGCUCACUCGACUAGCCUUUUAUAAGCAAGACCAUGAGCAACAACGGACGACGGCUUUGUCCCCUGUUGUCUUUCGUGGGUCGUUGCAACUUGGCAUGGCUAUAGCACCACCUGAUAUUGCACCACUUACUCUUUUUCAAGACGAAGCUACGACAACAAUGCCAAUUUCUUCCCACAACAAUACUGGUAUGUGUAUCAAUACGCUAUGGCUUCAAGAAACAAACAAUACCAACAACCACCACCAUAGCCCCUUGAUGUCGCAACCUUCGGUUAUAGAAGAAGCUGUAAACAACCACGACGGAAUAUUUCCGUUCUUCGAUCAUAUUGAAGACCGACAAUUACACAUAGAUUCAAAAGAGAAGAAUGAAUCAAGUUUGGAUGAUUCAUGCCAAUUGAAGCUUUGUUCUGAUAAUGGAGCAAACUGUUGCGACUCAAAUGGGCUUCGAGCUCCUAAUGGUCUAUGUCUGGAGAAACUUGGAAAUGGUUCCUACGUUGAUAUGGUUCCACACCCAGAUGGCUCAAACCGAGUUUUUGUGUGUAACCAACAAGGUAAGAUAUGGUUAACCAUGGUUCCUGAGGUGGGUUCUUCACAAAGUUUGAUGAUGGACGAAUCAGACCCCUUUUUUGAUCUGAGUGAUCAAGUGCAAUUUGCGACCGAAAUGGGACUUACAAGCAUUGCGUUCCAUCCAAACUUUACCAGUAAUGGCAGAUUCUUUGUUGCUUAUAACUGUGAUAAGUUUCAGCAGUCUGGAUGCGAAGGCAGAUGUUCAUGUAAUACUGAUGUAGGUUGUGAUCCUUCCAAUGAUGGAUCUCUUCAAGAAACUUAUCCUUGCCAGUUUCAUGUUGCAAUUGCGGAGUUCACUGCCAACGGCACCACCACUUCGACAAAACUUUCAUGGAUGGGACAUGCUAAUUUGGUUGAGGUCAGGAGGAUCUUCACAAUGGGGCUCCCGUUUGAAGCUUAUCAUGCCGGCCAGAUUCUCUUUGGCCCUGCCGAUGGCUACUUGUAUUUCAUGAUCGGAGAUGCUUCUCACGAUGCCGAUCCAUACAAUUUUGCACAAAACAAGAGAUCAUUGCUAGGAAAGAUAUUGAGGCUUGACGUAGACAUCAUUCCGAGUGCAGCAGAAAUAAGCAGGCUCGGCCUAUGGGGAAACUAUUCAAUACCGAAAGACAAUCCGUACACUACCGAUAAGGAACUUAAUCCCGAGAUCUGGGCCUUGGGUUUUAGUAAUCCUUGGCGAUGCAGUUUUGACUCCGAAAACCCGUCUCGCUUCAUCUGUGGGGAUAUCGGGAAGAAUCAAUACGAAGAGAUUGAUCUAAUCAAGAAAGGCGGAAACUACGGAUGGCGUGUUUACGAGGGGCCCCAUCUCUUCCAUCCAUCGCAUGCUCCUGGAGGGUACACUAAGCCAAGCUCCAUUACACCCAUAUUUCCUUUGGCGGGAUAUAACCACGAUAGUAUUGAUGCGAACAAAGGUCCAGCCUCGGUAAUUGGUGGUUACUUCUAUCGUUCAGCCACUGAUCCAUGCUUGUAUGGCUGGUACAUAUACACAGACUUGUACAGUUAUGCUAUCUGGGCAACUAUUGAAGCCACUGAAAACAGCGAAAACUUCAAGAGUUUUGGUGUCCCUUUUGGGUGUGCCCACGACUCACCGAUACAAUGUGGGCUCAAGCCGGGGAGUCACGGGGUUCCUGACCUUGGGUACGUGGUGUCGUUAAGUGAAGAUAACAACAAAGAUGUGUACUUGUUGACGAGCAGCGGUGUGUAUAGAGUUGCAGCUCCAAGCCGUUGCGGGUACCGUUGCGCCAAAGAAAGGUAUUCGAAUUUGACUAAAGUUCCCACAUCGGGAGCCUUACUGAAGGCUGCAAAAUUUGCACUGUUUUUCCUUUCUUUCUUGGUGCUUGUUUUUCUAUAA